AUGUUGAACGACCAACGACCGCCACCGGUCACCUCAGCUGGCAGGAGGUGUCUCUUCCCGGCCGAUCGUCAACAACCUGCAACCCCCGACGACAAUUUGGAAUUGGCGAUGGAAAUCGAACGGGAGCUGCUGGCACGAAAACGGAACCAGUGGAGUUUCGAUUUCGUCAACGGUACACUGGUGGAUGAAGAGCUUUCCAAUAGUAAUUGGCAAUGGGAAAUAAUCGUUGUAUAG